GUGAAAAGAAGUGCAAAUUAUAAACAAGUAACUAAAAAUGGAUAUUUGGAAUGCAAAUCUCUUCAAAGAACUGAUGGAAAGAUCCGAUUCUGGACCAAAUACACCAAUGAAGGCUAAGGUUGAGGUUGAGAAUAUCGCUCCUGAGUCGGCCUACCUCGGGCCCAAGCUCUGGGAGAAGCCGAUAUCCUUCAACGAAGAUGAUUACUUUGUCAUGAACAUCGAGGACUUCCUGGCUGAAAAUGAACUGCCCAAGGACAAGUUUGGUGGAGCGCUUAAGAAUCAGGAGGGUAGUCCUCCCCCUGAGGAUAUGAAGUGUACCAGCUUUGAGAAGCUCUCCUAUAGAUCUCCAGAAUCCCCUUACGAGAGUGAGAUGUCCCCUAUCUCCAUGGAGAUGUCCUCCUCAAGCUCCGGUGGUGUUCCCUCUCCUAGUUCCCCUGGAGUCGGUGCUUCUCCUAGACCCGGAGUUAUUGUUUCAUCUAAGGAUUGUAAACGGAACUCUCUGCCCAAGGGAGAGAACUCAUUUCUCUACGCUGAGUCUAAGAGAGCCAAAAUGGAAAGAGAGAAAGAGGAGAAGAAGAGGAAGCUUGAAGUUGAGUUUGAGUUUGCUCCAGAAGAUUUAGCUCUGGCAACUGUUCCAGGAGUAGACUUUGAUCCUAGAGAACGCGCCUUUGCUGCUGAGGAACUCAAACCUCAACCAAUCAUCAGGAAGCGUCCAAAGCUUUUUGUUCCCGAGGACAACAAGGACGACAAGUAUUGGGACCGGAGGUCUAAGAACAACUUUGCUGCGCGCAGAUCCAGGGAAGCGCGUAGGCUUAAGGAGAAUCAGAUUGCUCUCAGGGCCGCAUAUCUUGAGAAGGAGAACAAUGUGUUGAAGCGUGAACUCGAUGACGCAAACUUCAAGAACUCGAAACUAGCUCUGGAGCGAGAUAUCCUCAAGAAGAAGCUCGCUGUGUACGAGGGUGGCAGAGCCUAGAUAGCUGACACACCAGUGGCAAUCAAAUCAAUGUCUAUUACUAUAAGAUUAAUAUUGGGAUUAUCAUAUUCAUGAUAAAAAUUUAUAUGAAAAGAUCGGUUGAUCAUUUUAGAUCUCUGAACUUGAUUUGAAAGAAUUGAAUAGAAGACUGAGUGAGUGAAUUGAUAAUAUUAUAAACAAUGUAGUUUAAUCAUAAAUGUAGUCACAUCCAUUCAUCUUCACCCGGACCUAUUCAUAGGCCCAUUCAUUCAUCUUCACCCGGACCUACCUAUUCAUUGGCUCCUGAUUCAUAUUUCAUAACUACCUGAUUCAUUGAUUGACUCACCCCGUGAAAGUACCCUUCUAAAGCAUUUACUUUAGAAAAUAAAUAAAUAUUUUUGUAUCCAA